GAGGAAGGUGGCGAUGGUGCGCUCGGUGUCGGCGGUGGUUGUGGCGCCUUCCUCGGUCGGUGUGCAGGGAAGAGAAGAUGACUGACCAACCGACUGGCUGAAUGAAUGAAUGGCGGACCCGAGCGCGCCAUGAGGAGCCUGCCGAGCCUGGGCGGCCUCGCCCUGUUGUGCUGCGCCGCUGCCGCCGCCGCAUCAGCCGCCUCGGCGGGGAAUGUCACCGGUGGCGGCGGGGCCACAGGGCCGGUGGACGCGUCCCCGGGCCCGGGGCUGCGGGGCGAGCCCAGCUAUCCCUUCCCUAAGGCGACGACUCCCACGGCCCAGGCCCCGCGGACCGGACCCCCGAGCGCUACCCCGCACAGAUCCCUGGCUGCGACCUCUCCAGCCCAGUCCCCGGAGACCAGCCCUCUUCGGGCGACGGCCGGACCCGCUCCGACCACUGGCCCCUCGCCAACCACCCCUCCGGCGGUGGAACGCACUCCGACCACCCCUCGGGCGCCGACCAGACCCGCGCCGGCCACCCUCUCGACGACCACUGGCCCGGCGCCGACCACCGCUGUAGCAACUACCGUUCCGGCGCCCACCACUCCCCGGACCCCGACUCUCGUUCUCCCCAGCACCAGCAGCGCCUCGUCCACCCCACCUGCCACCGAGGCUCCCUCCCCUCCUCCCCCAGAGUAUAUAUGUAACUGCUCUGUGGUUGGGAGCCUGAAUGUGAAUCACUGCAAUCAGACUACAGGGCAGUGUGAAUGUCAACCAGGUUAUCAGGGACUUCGCUGUGAAACCUGCAAGGAGGGUUUUUACCUGAAUCACACAUCUGGGCUCUGUCUGCCGUGUAUCUGUAGUCCACAUGGAGCCUUCAGCAUGCUUUGCAACAGUUCUGGGAAAUGCCAGUGCAAAAUAGGUGUCACUGGCUCUACGUGUGACCGAUGUCAAGAUGGAUAUUAUGGCUUUAGUAAGAAUGGCUGUUUGCCCUGCCGAUGCAAUAAUCGGUCUGCCAGUUGUGAUGCUGUCACAGGUGCUUGUUUAAACUGCCAGAAAAAUAGCAAGGGAGAUAACUGUGAAGAAUGCAAAGAAGGAUUUUAUCAGAGUCCUGAUGCCACUAAAGAAUGUCUUCGCUGCCCUUGUUCAGCAGUGACAUCUACAGGCAGUUGCACGAUAAAUUUGGGUGAAUUGGAACCUAAAUGUGUCCGCUGCAAAGAUGGUUACACAGGCGAGAACUGCAAUAAAUGUGAAUAUGGCUAUUACAAUUUUGACAGCAUCUGUAUAAAGUGCAAAUGUCAUGGCCACGUGGACCCAAUUAAAACUCCAAAGAUUUGUAAGCCCGAGAAUGGUGAGUGCAUCAACUGCCUCCAUAACACCACCGGGUUUUUUUGUGAGAACUGCCUGGAAGGUUAUGUUCGAGACUUCGAGGGAAAUUGCAUCAAGAAAGAAGUUAUUGUUCCAACACCUGAAGGUUCUACCAUUUUGGUUUCCAAUGCCUCUUUGACCACAUCAGUGCCCACCCCUGUUAUAAAUAGUACAUUUACCCCCACAACCCUGCAGACUAUCUUUUCAGUAAGCUCUUCUGAAAACAGCACUUCAGCUUUAGCUGAUGUAUCAUGGACCCAAUUUAACAUCAUCAUUUUGACAGUCAUCAUCAUUGUGGUGGUGCUGCUAAUGGGAUUUGUGGGGGCUGUAUAUAUGUACCGUGAAUACCAAAACCGGAAACUCAAUGCCCCCUUUUGGACCAUCGAGCUGAAAGAAGACAAUAUCAGUUUCAGCAGCUACCAUGACAGCAUUCCCAAUGCAGAUGUAUCGGGAUUGUUGGAAGAUGAUGGCAAUGAAGUGGCUCCCAAUGGGCAACUGACCCUGACGACACCCAUACAUAACUACAAAGCCUAAGGAGCUAGAGCUAUUCUGGAUUGUUAAACCACAGUGCUUACUAAAACAGCAUCAGUCCCUGGGCCACACAAAGCCUGGGUGGAGUUUGCUGAGAAAGCAAAGGCCAAUAGUGCAUCUGAAAUUUUUGGGUACAAAUUUGUAAUGUGCUUAGCCUAUCUGUUGCUCUUAGAUUUCCCAUGAAGAUCUGAAGUAUUCACUGUCACUAAAGACCUGAAGUAAAGUAUAUUUUUGUACCAAACCACAUGGGAAUAAGGAAAGGCUGAACUCCAUAGCACAGCCCAAAUCCACUUUGAUCUUCAAAUAGACUUGUGGGGAAAUGUUCACCAAACCAGUGGUAACAGGAUAAUGGAUGUGGAGGGGGAAAGGACUGCUGGAAGACUUCAUCUCCAUUCCUGAAACACAUUUUUAUUUAGAGGAGGGUCAGGGAUUAUAUUAAUUUUACUGUACUAAAAGACAUCAUUGAGGAAAAGCUGGCAUCUAGGCUGUAUCUUGAUUGUUUCUGGAAUAGGGGCAGAAAAGUCCCAACAAGGUCUUUAGAAGGGCUUGAUUUUUCCUCCAAGGAUUCUUGCCCAGUGAUGACAUUAAAGCACAGGAUAAACUUGUAAUGGUAAAGAGAGAAAGGCAGCAUUGGGGAGCAGGAAGCUGAUGGUCCCACUCAGGGUCUCAGUGUAAAUGAUUAAUUGUCUGAAAAUAAGGAAUAUUCCUGUAUCUAGAGAAAUAAGAUGUACAUAGUUAAUGUAGCAUAUCUGGUCAACAUUGUAUUUCUAUCUAUUUGUAAAAAAAAAAUCAUGUCAUAUUUUAUCAUCUAGAAUUUAUUUGUACAGCAGUUAAUGGCAUUGUAAAAAGAAAAUAUGGGAUUGGUUAAAAUACUGUAAAAUAGAUGGCAAUAUUGCUAGAGCUGGGACUCUGGUGAGCAUCAGUCAUUUUCAGUCCCUGUUUGGACAUUGUUGAAAUUUAUGAGGUUGAAUGUUUCUAGUUUUUCUUUCCUUUCUCAAUUUAAAAGUAGAGUUAUAUGCUCUUUAAUAUAGAUUCAAGCAAUAGAUUUUGAAGUCAAUAAUUGUUAAGCUGGGACACAGGCUGCAUUCUCCAAAAUACUUAAUUAGAUACUAGGCACUCUAUAUAUUUUACAUAGAUUAAUAUAAAACAUAUCCUAAUUAAACAUGUUUUUCCUAAAUGUAGGAGACAGUCUUCCAAAGGAUAGAAAUAUUUUAGUUACAAAAGAAAAGCCAUCAUAAUCACUUCAGAUUCCUAAUUUUCAUGCUUGUGAAAUAUGAGGAUUUAUACCCGCUCCCCCCAAAAUAAAAACCCUCCAUUUGAACAUAGCCCAUCAAUCAUUUGCUGUGAGGUAUGUGCCAUCUCUCUGCAGUGCUAUAGUUCUCCCAUCUUCCUGUCUGGUUAGAGGAUAACUCUGUAGUUUGGUGUGCAUAGUUAGUACUUGGUUUUAGAUACAGUUUUUUCCUAGAGGCCAACUGUUGCUCUCAUUUAUUAUGGUGUUGACAGAUUGUAGAUUAAGCAAGCUAGGAAAGGUGGCCAGAAGUCAAAUAUAGAUAUUUAUUAGGAGGAACAGCAAACUGUGAAGUGGAUAGAAAAACACAAAGGCUUUUUUUUUUAUCAGAUUAGACUUAGGAAAUCCAAGUUGACCCCUUUGCCUCACUUCCUCAGAGAAAAACCUAGAAUUUGGUCAUCCCUUUAUAGGAGACCCCUAAGUUGUUCUCAGGGUUUGGAGAUGAUGUUCUGUAGGAUGUACAGACAAAUAAUCUACUUCUGGUAACCUGAGGAUGCUCUGCAUAUUUGGCCAUUGCUCACAAGAGUAGAGAUUACAUUAUAUUAAAAUUAUUUAAUAUUUCUACAGCCCUUUGUAGUUUGCAAAGCACUUUUCCAUAUGUGUGUCCUUUGUUCCUCACCAUAGCCCCUGAGGAAGUAAUUAUUGUCUCCACUUUGUAGAUGAGACUGAGGCACAGAGAGGUUCAAUGUCUUGUUCAAGGCUACACAAUGUGUGUCAUUAUUUGGCUUGGAAUCGGGACUUAUAGUUCUGAAGCACAUAUUCUUUCAACUAUACACUAAUGCAGAAAUUUCCUAGCCAUGGACACAAGAAGGCUGGGAGGAAGAGUUCCACUUAUGGAUGUUUCUAAUGUUUUUGUAAGUACCAGAUAUAAUUGAGAGACAUACAGCUGUGAAGGACUUUGUGGAGAGAACACAGGAGGAAAAUUAUCUGAAGCCAGUGUUAAUGAUAAGAAAACACAACUACCAGUUUGUGCUUCAUUAAAGUGAACUAACCCUUCCAAGGAGGGAGGUAAGACUUGCCUUCCCAGCAGUUGCUGCAUAGUUGUGUAUGGACUGUGCACUGCAUAAUUCCAAGGAAUUAUGCAAUUUGGCAUACCUGCCUUUCUCCCAGAUACCCGUGCCAAAAAGAAUCAAGAUUGAGGAUGGUGAGAAAUAAACAUUUGUUAAAAGGAAGUUAAUCCAAUGUAGAAAGAAGGAGUGUUUGUUGGAGUCUAAGAGCCAAAGCCAAGUAGUUAGGAUUCCGGCCAUGUAGAGAUUCCUUAAAACAGACCUUAAUGCAAAAAUUGCAGUAAUCAAAUAACAAAGAAUGUUGACUUUUACAUACUUGUUAAUAGCUCCUAGGUCAUGUUCUUAAUUUUUCCCAAAGGAAAAAAAAAAUUAAGGUCUUAAAAUUUGUUUUAAAUAAUAUUCUUUAGUGACCCCAGCAUUUUGCUUGUGGAAAUAAUUUUGUCCUAAAAUAUAAAUCAAUCAUGUAAUGAUCUAUUACUGAAAUCAGACUAGGAUACUAGUAUGGAAUGCACAGCACAAUAUUCAUUCAUCUGAAGGCGUGAUCCCCAUGAAUAAUGGUGUCCAACAGCAGGACCCCAUCAGUCCUUUAGAAGCCCUAAUAUUGGAAGAAUUUUUGUCUAAGGAUGAGAAAUAUGUUUAUUUUUAAAUAAGACUUACGUGAGUCUUACUGAGAAAUGACAGAUACUGCUCCUAAGGGAUACCUUUUAUCUUCAUUAAUUCAUUUUAGGAAGCCCUUAUGCAUUUCUGAUAGAUGCCCUAGGUAGUGUUCUGAAGUAUGUCUUUGUCUUCCCUUACUUCCCCCUCCCUCCCUCCACCCUCUACCUCCCAGGACUCUCUUAUUUAUGGACUUUCUCAGUUAUAGAGAAAAAGUGAUAAUAAAAACUAAACCUCAUUUAUACUAAGGUCCUAUGGACCUAGUAUGUUACCUUUUCCAGGUAUACCUGGAUUUUAAGAGUGAAGAACAGAGCAGAUACAGGAUGGAAGGAGAGAGACUUUUUUGGACAGGAUUUGUUGAAGCCUCAAAUUAUGUGGCUACUCUCUAGCCCCAGGACACUUAGCCCUUCUUGUACUGUGAUGGAAGCAGAGAGCUAAAGUAACAGUACUUCUUCUUGACAGCUUCAAUUGGAAAUGGCUCCAGUACUUUCUGUGGGACAUUUGAUGAACGUAACACCACUUAUUAUGAAUGUCUGGUUCUUAUAUUUUGGGGUAUGUAGGUAGGAUUUGAAUUUUCACAUCUCAAGGAAAACUCUCUGAACAAAAAGUUCAGAGAAGUAAAAGGCAACCCAGUAUAACCUAUUGGAGCAAGGAAGGCAUUUUUGGCCUCAUUCAUAAGGAACCUUUGGCUUGUUAUGAUCUUUUUGACAGUAAGGAGUUUGCGAGUUAAAAUGUGUGCAGGGGAGUAAUGGAAGGUUAAUGCAUUCUUCUCUUUAACCCUGAGCCAGUGACUAUGCCAAGGGGAAAAGCAAGAAGAACAUACUGAUUCAUCUGAAGAAGUCAAAUAAUAUGGAAUGGACUAAAGGUUAUGGAUCAUUAAAAUGUCAGUGGUUGAAUGAUGCUUUUUCAAAGGCGAUUGGGAAUCUUUCUCUCUUGUUACUUAUGCAUAUGCAAUAACUACGGCAGCAGCCCUAGAAUGUGAGCCCAGGGCUUCAGAUCUGUUAGUCCAAAAACUAAAUGAUUUAAGGUCAAGUUGUAUGCUAGGCACAAGUACUCUGUAAUAAUGUUAAAUUUCAGUGUGAGCAAUUAGGGAAUGUUUCUGAAACAUUAAACUUGUAUUUAUGUCACUAAAAUUCUAACACAAAUUUUAAAAAGAUGUCUCAUACAUAUGCUGUACUAGGCUUCAUGAUGCAUUUCUAAAUUUGUGUAUGAUUUGAA